AACAAAAACCAUCUGCGCCAGAGCUUGGCACAUCAUAAACAACGACCACGCUUUGCAUUGCGGAAGUCCUUGUCUUGCCUCUGCAUGGUACAUGUUUUUUGAUGAAAUAUUUCAACCAGACUUGAACACUGGAAGCCAGAAAUCAUGCCUUAUUAUAGUUUUGACGGUCAGUCCUCUGGAAAUGAGUGGGUAAAGACAGCAUCAGGCUGGAAAAAACUGAUUGCGCUACGAGAAAAUCUACACAGACACAUCAAGAGGAUUGCUCGCGAAAGAUUCCAGAAUUCCUGCAAGGACUUGUCCUCUGGUGAGGGGACCAGCUCUGGCACUGGUCUUCAUCAGGGUGGCUCAGCUGGUAUUGACGUCACUGUGGCACAGAGCCAGAACUGUGAUGCAGUUGAAAAUCACUCAGAGAAAGCAAUCAACCAGGCGCUGCGACAGAAAUAUGAAGAUAUUGACAAGCCACAAACAUCAUUUGUGCUGAUUGCCCGAAAUGCUAGGGCAAGAGGCAACUACUCUACUCUUGGUGAGAUCAUUAACAAGUUGGAUUUUGUCAGUGCCGUCGAAGAUCACAGAAGGUUCAACUAUGUCUGCAAAGUUCUGGAACUGAUUGUCACCACACGAUUCACCUCACUGAGUGGCCUAGCACAGCAGAAUCUCUUCUACAUUAUUGAGGAAGCUCUUCAUGUCGUUAACAAGAAGCAGCACAACCCUGGACAGUUGAGACGAAUCCUCUGCGGUGCAAUAGUUGCCAUGAAUGAGAAUCGCUCCACUCACAUCGGUUGCCAGGCAACCUGGAAGAAACGCAUGGGCAUGCUGCAGUCUUGGCUGGACAAACUGAACAGCAUCCAACUUACGGAAAGAGAAGAGGAUGGAAAGAUGAUGUUGAUGGAACUCCCAGAUGAAGUCCUUGGCAGGAUCUUGGAACACCUCAGCGAUGCUAGAGAUAUCAUCAACACAGACAGGACUUGCUCUCAUCUACACCUGCUAGCCACCCACAACCUCCUCUGGAGAAAUCUCUGCAUCUUCCACUUCACCGAGCAUCAGAUAACCAAGUUGUGUCCGCUGGAUGAUAUUGAAGUGGACUGGAAAGGAGUCUACCGAAAGCUGCACAAGAGGCAUCCACUCAAGGAGGUGUAUACAGACAUGCUGCAAAUCUGUGGCUUCUGCAACUGUCUUUUCUGGAUGAAUGGUGGACAUCCUUGCACGAGGGAACUCUUGCCUGCAGGAGAUACCAGCCUUAAGGAGAGGCCAGAGCUAGCUAUCAACUUUAGUCUCAGCCCGCAGCAGUUCCUGAAUCUCUUCCUGUCUCCUCAACCAGUCUCAUUCUCAGCUCUCAUUAGUCAAUACACUUGAAAUCUUUUCUCGUAACAUCCUCAAGCUAACUCUUGAUAAACAACUGUAAGUCCUAAAUGCUGAGAGCAAUUUCAUCAGAGCUUAUCCUGAAUUUUGGCAGAAUCUUCAGAUUUGAGUCCUGCACCAGAGUGGACCCAGAACUAACUUUUGAAGGGGUUGGGCAAAAAAAAUGUGGGAAUUAUUUCACAUAACCUUUAUGGCCUCUCUGAAGGUGAGACUACAUUUGGGGGGUUUUCAUGCUUUUGGAAGGAAUGAAGAUGAAAUAGACCCCCCUUAAAAAGUCCUUUUAUUUUUUAUUUAUUUGGGGGAGGGGGCAUCAUCUCCACUGGCCCCCUCCGGAUCCACUCUUGUUUGCAGCACUCAUCCAAGCCAACUUAAGGGAGAGACCAGAUCUAUGCACAUUGUGCUCAGAAGUCGGGGUAGGUCCCAAAUUCCAAACCUAUAGCUAGUGCCUUACACAUGAUCAGUGCAUCAAGACUAACAUAAUAAUGGGAUUGUUCAUCUUGCGCAGAAGUUUAAUAUCUGUCUUUGUUUUCAUGGAAUUGAUUUCGUGCUUGUCUUGCAAUAUUCAUUUGUCUUUCGCAUUCAGUUUCACUCUUUUCUAGAAAUCUCAGAUUUGUCAUAAAUCUGUGAGUACUGUUACAUAAGUCGAAUCAAAUAAAAGCCAUGCCACAUCUUUAUCAUCUCAAGGUUGGAUUGAAAUCUUAAUAUCUGUCUAAUCUCAUUUAGAGAAGCUGGGUACGUUUUUGGAUUGAUUGAGUCCAAAAGAAAGAAAAAAAACUUGCAUCUAUUGACUUCACUUGUUUGGGGCAUGUUUUAUUAAUGACUUGCUAUUUGAAAUUAGUCUUUUUGGUAAAAUGAUUUGAAAGUGCUAACAUAAUUAUUGUACAAAUUUUAUAAUUUGUGUGUGGAUUCUUUAUGUGGUAGUCUGUCUAUAGAAGACCAAAUCUGUAAAUGAAGCGACGGUAGAAUGUGGCUGCUGUGUGGUACAUUUGAAUUAUGUUAUAAUAUUAUGUACAUAGCUAACUAAAGAACUAAGCAUGCAAUAUUAUUUUUGUGACUUGAAAAAAGACUGUCAAAAGAGGAACGUAUCUGUAUGAAUCGAAACGAAAUAUUUAUGGGGAUAUUGUAAACAUUACGACGCGUAGUGUAUUGUUAUAGUGCUUGUAUAGCUUGUACAGCUCUGCGUUCGGUAAAUGAAGGUUUUAUUGCGAAUCGUGAGAAAAAUGUUCUCGGUGUGUUUCGUUCUGGCUUUGGUUUAAUUUGUUAUUUUGGAUUAUGAACCAGGGCUCAGAGAGAGCUGUUUAGAAAGGGAAGAAUUCUAACAGGGUUUUUCCCGGGCAAAAUGUCAUCAGAGAACUGUUGGUAAGCAGCAUGAAUGAUAUAGACAUCAUAACUGCCAUGUGUACAGUAGUGCACCCAAAGGCCACAUGCGCAUUCUUCAGCUUGACGCGCGCGUGCAUUCGGCAAAUCACGAAAUCCUAUUGGUCGAAGUAAAGCCCCAAACACAUGUCCACGAGCGCUGUGCUACCGCAGUUUGGGCCUGUAUUUCUGCCGCCGAAGAAUACUAUAGUUAGAUGCCGUCUUCAACGCUAAGCAAGUUCGCUUAUUUAUUCACCACCGUAACUAUUGCCCACCGUUCGUGUGCUUGUCUUUGAUAAAGUCUCUUGAAAGUUGGAUGUCGUGGUACUCCAAAAUACUUAGAAAAGAAAGUCAAAGGACACUGCAGUAUGUUGUAUUUGGAGGCGACAAGAUUAGGUAGGGCCUAAUUACGAGACACAUAGAUUAUUGAUAGCAUUGUGGGAAUCCAAUCUUAAUUAAACGUUUCUAUGAAUUAAGUUAUCUUCAGUAUAAGGGCAACAAAUGUAAGAAAAAUUGACAACUUUCAAUUCAGUAUCAAAUAAGAUGUUUUCCCGCAUUUAAAGCCGAUUCUUUACAGACUUUAUUGAAUAUUUAGGAAAAAAGCCUUUAUUUUUAAGGAGAUUCAAUUUUCCCUUAUAGUCAUCAGUAAUGCAUUUCUACACCUUAAAGAUUGGAAGUCUUGUAGUAAGCAUGCGCAGUUAUGUCUUGCUUAAGUUCCCCUCCUGUAGAUUCACGACAUUUAUCAAUAAAAUAAGCCAUCUUUGCAGUUUUGCGUGCA